AUGCAGUUUCUCGUUGAUACAGGCAGCGAUCUCUGUGUUUUCCCGCGAGCGGAUAUUAAAGAGGAUAUGCGAAAAACUAAUUAUGAACUAAGUGCAGCUAACGGUUCUGUAAUAAAUACUUAUGGGUAUAUCCAUUUAACGUUAAAUUUAGGUUUGCGCCGUGACUUUACUUGGCAAUUUGUGGUAGCAGAUGUAACAAAAGCAAUUAUCGGUGUAGAUUUUUUGUCAUUUUACAAUUUGAUUGUUGAUUGUAGAAAUAAACGCCUUAUAGACGGCGUCACAUCACUCUCCACCAUAGCUUUGCCUGCUAAUUUAGAUAUAUUUUCUGUGAAGAUUGUUACUGGUGAUUCGGUUUAUCAUGAUGUCUUAAAAGAGUUUCCGGAUAUGACACGCCCAGCAGGGGUUCAGGGUGUGUCUAAGCACAAUGCAGUGCAUCACAUCCGAACCACUCCGGGGCCGCCGGUAGCCUGUACACCUAGGCGACUAUCGCCUGAUAAGUUAAAAAUAGCAAAAGAGGAGUUUGCAGCAAUGUUAAAGGUUGGUAUUGCUAGGCCUUCAAAAUCACCAUGGUCGUCGCCAUUGCAUCUUACACCUAAGAAGGAUAAUGGGUGGCGGCCAUGUGGUGACUACAGAGCACUGAAUGCUAGAACAAUUCCAGACCGCUACCCCAUACGCCAUAUUCAGGAUUUUGCUCACAAUAUUUCCGGUUGUAAAAUAUUUACAACGUUAGAUCUAGUGAAAGCCUACAAUCAAAUUCCGGUCAACGAAGCAGAUAUUCCUAAAACUGCUAUUACAACGCCUUUUGGACUUUACGAAUUCCCGUACAUGAAUUUUGGGCUCCGUAAUAGUGCGCAAACAUUUCAGCGCUUUGUAGAUGAAAUGACUCGUGGCCUAGAUUUUUGCUAUGCUUAUUUAGAUGACUUUUUAGUGUACUCAAAGGACCAUGAGACACAUAAAGAUCACCUUCGUCAGAUUUUUACUCGUCUAAAGAAGUUUGGGAUGGUAAUAAACACAGCUAAAUGCGUAUUUUGGUCCGACAAGGUUAUAUUUUUAGGCUAUCAUAUUUCAGCAGAGGGUUCGAAGCCACAACCAUCCAAAGUAGAAGCGAUUAAAAGCUUUCCAAGACCAAAAACCGUCAAAGAGUUAAGAAGAUUUUUGGGCAUGCUUAACUUUUACAGAAGAUUCAUCCCCAAUGCAGCUAAGUAUCAAGCGCCUCUGAACGAACUCUUGACAGGUGCAGUUAAAGGUUCUCAUCCGAUUCAGAUGUCCACGGAACAAAUAGAAGCAUUUGAAUCAUGCAAGCAGAGCUUAUGCCAAGCUACACUUUUAGCACAUCCUGAUUGUUCUGCUAAAAUAGCUUUGGUGACGGAUGCUUCUGAUACUGCAAUUGGUGCUGUAUUGCAGCAGCGUAAGGAAGGUUCAUGGCAGCCACUUGCAUUUUUUUCACAAAAGCUAAGUGUAGCACAAAAAAAGUAUUCGCCAUAUGAUCGCGAACUUCUAGCUGUCUAUGAAGCUAUCAAGCACUUUAGGCAUAUGCUGGAAGCUAGAGAAUUUACUAUCUAUUCAGACCAUAAGCCCCUUUGUUACGCAUUUCAUAUAUUGGUGAGCAAUUUUCUUUACGUGAGUGAAAUACUCACGUAA